GUGGAAUGAGACUUAGCAUAAGUGCGAGGGGGAGACUGUCAGUUCUGACAAUUGUUGACCCGCGCCUUCAAUAGACAAGUUUGUUCAGAAAGGCAGCAUGUGAAUGAGUAAAUGGUUUAUCAUAUCACACUGACGGUGGGCCCAUACUAAUCCGAAGAGCUGAGGCGAGGCCCAUGCAUGUGUCCGGCAGAAAACCCUUGUGACUGUGCAUGGACUGCGUGCUUUUCUUUGUUGCUCACAUAUUGCUUUUCUUGUUAGGCUAGUCUGUGUGUGAUGUGCUUCUAGUGCACUCGCUGCGGAGCUGAAUUUUAGCCUGUGCACGCGUUAACAGCUCGCACAGCCCUGGCGCACAGGCGCAUUUUGACAAACGGGGCUAUCAACUUCGAAAUCGGGGAUGGCAACGGCGAGCCAAGGGAAGGGGCAAGAGACUCCGCCGCAGGAAGGGGCAGGAACUUCAGAGGGCAGCCAGGAGGGCACAAAUGGAGCUUGGGUGAAUGAAGGCUACCAGCGCUGGGUGGAGCAGCGGAAAGAGUGGACAUCAGGGACACGACCAGCGCAGCCGCGCCAUCGGCAAUUACCGAUCUUGACGCACGAGAUGGUAUUAGGGGAAAGGGCAUUCCCCAAGGCCGUCCCGCUUGAGGCCGUUGUGGAGUGCCUAGUGGAGAUAUGGGAGGAGGAGGACGCAUGGGAUUGAGGCGGGCGGAGGGGACUGAGGCGAGAGGGUUCUGAGGCAGGGGGGGACAAGGGCUGGGACUGUGGGGCCCAACGUGCUCGUCCGGGCCGCUGGACCGGGCGGCGCUGGGGCACUGGCAGCAUGUACGACCAGUCUACCGCUGCGCUGUGUGGCCUGCGUCAGCUGCUGCCGCCAGAUAGAGCCCAGGGUCACAUGGGGUGGUCUUGCGUCGGACAGCUGCGAACCGCCGGGCCUGCGGGCGCAGUUCAGGGCAGUGGCCACGUCAGGGUCUCGGGCCUGACUGGGGCGGCUGGGCGUGGCGGGGGGCGGGUGUGUGUGUGUGUGUGGGGGGGGGGGCAAAUGGCUUCAGCGGGAGUGUUGUAGUUGCGUUUAUGGCGUGGGCGAUUGCAGACUAACCUACAUGGAGUCAUGGACUGCUGAUUUGAAUGUAAAACCGGAUUGAAUGCAUGGACGCAUUGCACACUGAUUCCCCGAGUGUGAUACGGGGUGUUGUGUGGGCAGACCACGUGUUAGCGGGGCACUGCCUGUCAGUGGUGUGGGUGCGGUCCUUGCGUCUGAUGGCGCAUGGUGAUUAAGGUCCUGACGGCGCGCUUUUUGGCUGCGGAAGGACAGUGUUGAGUGAAUGCAAUGUGCGCCCAUAGCCGUAGUGGGCUCGCCAUUCGCCGCGUUAGUUUUGGUGUGACAUGACGCAAUUAAAGGACAUGACACAGUCAAAUAAACGAGCUGUACUGGCCACGUAUGCUUGCAUUACAGCGGCAUAUGGGUGACACGGUGUAGUGGGUGCUUGCCCAUCAAGCUUCACAUGCGAGCUUGCACGGCGGGUGGUCGGCGGGUAUAAAGGCUGGGGAUUUCUACUGUAUGCGUAUGCGAUGUAUGCGUGCUGCUGGGCGCCCAGGUGCGGCAACGUGAGGGGCAGGUCAAUGCCUCGGCCCUGUGCCACCCACCUGCGCACCUUGGCAGUGCGUGUGUCAGGUAGCAGGUAGCAGGCCAGCGCGGCGGGUUUGCACACUGGUAUACGCAGCUCAGGCUGCGCAGUGCAGGUGACGUGUGUAGUAUGCAGGCGGUGCCUCAAAGCGCAAUGGAUGUGCAAUGGAAGCACCGUACGCUGAGAGCUCGCGGCAGGGGCAGGCCUGGACGUGCGGUGUGAAAGAUGCAAGGCAGGCGACUGAGGGACAGGGAAGACCAAAGACGUUGGAAUGUAUUGAGUAUUGCGCGAAAGCACAUGACUAUGCACAGCAGCAAAACAUGAAGUGGGACUCAAUCUCUCCGCCGCCAUGCGGCUGCUGGUGGGGCCUAUGUGCGGUAGUCAUGCUGGCUGACUGGAGCUGUUGUGCGGCGACUGUGGGCACUGCAUACAGCCA